AUGCGCGACACCGUCCGGGACGGCGACGCAGGCUCUGGCCUCCUCUCAAUGAGCGCGCUGUGCUGGGUGGUGAAGAGGAUGGAUCGCCUGACCGGCGACGACCGUCGCAGUGCGACCAGCAUGGACAAGGUCCUCGUUUCGGGGUUGAAGGAGCUGCGGAUUCGGAUGAUGACAUACAUCAAGGAACACGUCGCACGCAGACGGUCAGGCCAUGUCGGAGUUGGUGCCGAUGCCUGUGAAGACGACGCCGCGGAGCCCCCUUCGGCAUCCCAAGCAGUCGGUGUCGCCGACACAAGCGGAGAGGCCGGAGACGGCGUCGACAAGGCAGAUGAGGAGGCAGAGAGGGCUGUGGCGAGGACCGCGGAUCAGGAAAAGGAGGAGGAGGAGGAUGACACCGACGAUCAGGAUGAUAACGAGGAGGAUCGUGAGGAGCGUGAGCAGGGGCAUGGGCAGGAGGAGGAGGAGGAGGAGGAGGAGGAGGAGGAGGAGGAGGAGGAGGACGAGGAGGAGGAGGAGGAGGAUGAUGAGGAGGAGGAGGAGGACAAGGAGGCGGCGGCGGCGGAGGCCGUGGAGCAGGGUUUCGGGUCGGUGGAGCAGGUGGCGGAGGGGGAGAAGCAGCAAGAGGGGGAGGAGGAGGUAGAGUUCCCCUGGGUCGAAUUCGAGAUGGAGGAUGUUGAGGGAGCGGCGGCGGUGGCCGUGGAGGGAGCGGCGGCGGCCGUGGAGGGAACGGGCGGGAUGUCGGCGGAUGUUGUGUACGUGCGAGGGGAGGGUGCCGAUGUGGAGAAUGUCGGCGUGGAGGAGGCGCACGUGGUCGGCAAUGUGGUUGGCGACGCGAAGGAGGAGGAUAACGUCGCAUCCCCGACGCCGACGGGCGUGGAGACCACCACAGGGAACGCAGGGGUGGAACGCCGGGGUGGAGCGGUAGAGGCGGGCCGUCAACCGGGUUCCUCAGCAGCUGGUCGGCAGGCAACGCCGGCCGUCGUCGCGCAGCUGCGACAGGAGAACAUGUGGCUGAGGGCUGAAAAUGCUCGUCUCGAGACGGCGCUCGGAGUGGAGAGGGGUCGGGUGGACAGGUUCGCGAUGGGGAUUGGCCACCUCGUGGACAAGCUCAGGUCGUUGGCCGACCAGGUCGCCGCCUCCGGCCAGGACGCGUCGAGUCGGCUGAUGGACGCGUCCUUGACCAUGGCGACGACCGUGACGGAGAACAUCACUGCCAACAUGGGUGAAGCAUGGGAGGCGAUGAAGGCGUACGCCGAGAGGGCGGAGAGCUGGUUGGACGAUCUAGAGAAUCCGGAGGGGGUUAUGGCGGUGCAACGUGCGAACGCGGUCGUCGCCCUGGGCAACCACGUGGACGAAGCGAGGAAGGGAUUGGAGGAAUACAUAUCGAAGCACCUAGUCGCCGCGCAGACCAACAUCGCCGCCGCCGUAACUCAACGCGUCGCCGUCCCGCCGCCCACGCAGCCCGCCCCACCGCCAGCCUUCCCGGACGAGCUCAUGAAGUCUUUCAAGGCGGACGUGUUGAAGGCGGUGACUGAGGCCACCCAGCAGUCGUUUGCUGCGUCCGGGUUAAACCUCAUGACCCAGGUGAUCGGCCAUCUGGCGCCUGGUCGGCAUGGGUCGUCGCCGUCGGACAACGAGGCCGACAAGAAGGGUGCGAAAAGGGCGGGCGGCGGAGACGAUGCGUUGAGCUCGAAGCGGAGCAAGGGAGCCGAUGGGAGCCGCGGCGUCGGCCAGGUGGCUCCAGGCGGCUCGCGGAGCAAGGGAGCCGAUGGGAGCGGAGGUACGAGCGUGGUCGGCCAGCUGAAGAAGAACGGGGCCAAGGUGAUAAGGACGCACAGCAAGGGCGAUGGAAUCAGGAGUGCGGAGGGGGGCCCUGCCGACCAGGUUGCCGCUCAAGAGGCUGGACCAACAGCCCCGCCAUUGGUCGCCGAGAAGCCGGCCAGUCUAGCGACCGCACCAACGGCGAUAGAUGGCGGCGCCAAAACCGUCAAAGGACCGUCCGUCGGAGUGGCGGGGACCACGUCGAUCCCCCGCAAACCCCCUGCGGCUAGCAGCGCGCCGGUCGCCCCGUCAACCGCCAACAACGAUGGGCCGUCCCUUGCGGCUACUCCAGCACCAGCAGGCACGUCUGCCGCCAAGGUUGACGCGGUGGAUGCUGCGGCUAACCGCGCUGGUCCGUCCGCCCCAAAGGCAAACGCGCUCAGGGAGAUGCUCAGCCGCAUGGAGACCCAUCGACAGGACGUGCAGCAGCCUCCCGUGGUCGGCACCGCGCCGGCCACAACAGCACGUCGCUCGGUCACUCCCCAGGUCGCCGCCACAACGUCCAGUGCCCCACCUACCGCGCCUAUCAUCGCCGCCCGUCCUCCUGUGGACCCAAAGUCCGCGUUGCUUCGCGCCCAGUUAGGCGUACGUUCUGCGGCUGCGCCGGCACGGGCUCAGCCGGUAUCCAGCUCAUGCGCGACGCCGACGUCGGUGACCGUAGCUGCACACACACUCGGUGCGGCUACUAUCGAGGCGGUGGCGGAGAAGGGCGUGAGUGCAGCGCUAGCCACGGGCGGCAGAUCAGUUGACCCUGCACAGGCGGCGAAGGACCACAACGACGCCGAUAUCGCUGCCAUCCAGGACCUGUUGGAAGCGGUAAACCGCCCCAAGCAGCCCCCUGUGCUGGCCAUCUUGGACUCGGCGAGUCCCACCGGCUGUACAGCGGAGCCAAAGACGACCACUGCUGCGGUCAGCGCGGGAAAGUCGAAACGGAAGGGGACGGUCGACGCAGGGAAAGCGAGGCCGAGCUCGAAGAAGAAAACACGGGCGACGUCGGCGAUGGUGAAGUCGGUGCAGAAAGGACAGGGGAUGGCGACGGCGAUGGUGGAGAAGGAGAAGAAGGAGGAGGAGAAGGAGGAGGAGGAGAAGAAGGAGAAGGAGAAGGAGAAGGAGAAGGAGAAGGAGAAGGAGACGGAGGAGGAGAAGGAGAAGGAGGAGGAGGAGAAGGAGAAGGAGAAGGAGGAGGAGGAGGAGGAGGAGAAGGUGGAGGAGGCGGAGGAGAAGAAGCUGGAGGAGGAGGAGGCGGCGACGGAGGAGGAGAAGGUGAAGGUGAAAGAACGGAAGGGUCAUGGCAUCCGCCACGACUCGACGGGCGACAAGCAAGGGUGGGUGGGCGAGAUCAAGGUGGUCGGGAACGAGAGCAGAUACAUCGGCAAGUCCCGCGACAAGAUGGAGCUGGCGUACCUUCACUCCAUUGUGUACCUCCUGUACGACGGUUUCGUCAGCAAGAUCCUCAUGGCCGAGCUCACCGGCCUGGAGGAAACAGUGAUGAAGCAGUGGAGGGCGGUGUGGAAGGAAGUCCGGUUCUUGCCGACUGGGAUGUGGACGUCGGAUGCAAUGAUGUCGGCCAUGCUUGAUCGCGUGUCCUUGUGCGCGGCGUAUGGGGAGGUCGCUGCAUCCGCGGCGAGAAUGGAGGGCGACACGGAUCAGAAGACGGCGAAGGUCGCACAGGCGCUGUCGGCCUCAGCUUGCGCACUGUGGUGCUUAGUCGAGGGCGACGGCGCCCAGGUGGCUGAUGCCGUCCACGAAGGGAAGGCGGCGGCGAUGUUGGUCGGCGCCAGCGAGGCUACCGCCGCCGAGUUCAAGAACGUCAUGUCGGCGGUGCUGGAGGUGGCGAUCAGCAGGCAGCAACCCCUUGGGGAGGUUGCGCACAACGUCGCACCGGCGCUUGAGUCCACCGCUCUGGCCAGAGCCUAUUCGGGGUUGGAUGUUGAACCCGAGGCCAAAGUGAUCGCACGAGCGACAGUGGAAACCCUCGCGUUCUGGGGGAUGUGCCCCGUGGAUGGGCCGAAACUCAGGAAGAUCGGCAUCGCGGUGCCGCUGGAUGCGCAGAUGGAGUACGACAUCGAGCACAGGGGGAGGAAGAGGCCGAGGGGCAAGCAGGGCAAGGACAGCUCGGGGAAGAAGGGGAAAGGCAGAGCGGGCAAGGACAGCACGGCGGCGUAG